UCUCUCCCUUGCCUUCAACCUGCCGAACACACAAGUGUAAACAGAAGGGAGAGGUACCGAAAACGGCUAAACAAGGAAUCUGUAUGAUACAGCUGUGAAAUGACUGAGGAACAUUCUGGGACGUGGAAUUCAUCAGACACAUGGUGGUGGUCAAAGGCCAAGUAUAGUGACCUUCGGGAUAUGCCUUUACCCAUGAAAGAUAAGCGCAGACUGAGGGAGCUAAGACAGACCAGAGACAACAGAGAUAGUUUCUGGAUAUUAUGGACUCCUAAGCACUGUUUCUGUCUGCGGACAGCCUGGAUCAAAGGACUCUAUCUCCUGGUAAAGGUUAAAUUGUGGCAGAAAACACUAAUUGCCAUCAGAGGGAGGUUUGGCUCCAGCAUUAGCUCCUAUUUCUCAUUUCUUCGUCUCUUGCUGUUGUUGAACUUUGCAUCCCUCAUCCUUACCACUGGAUUUGUCAUCUUCCCCAUUAUGUUUCUCAACCAGUCUGAACACAGACAGGGCUAUUUUGUAUCUUGUGGAAACUCCUCAACCUCUCAGAAACAAAGUGCUGUGCUCGACAUAUUCACAGGAGAAGGCAUAAUGGAACACACUUUUCUUUUCUAUGGACAUUACACUGACAUGACAGUACAAGGCUCCUGGUUCAAUAUCCGUCUUGCCUACCUGCUUACUCCCCUUAUUUUCCUGCUGAUCUGCGGCCUUGGCCUCUUGCAGUGCCUAAUAAAAGGUAUAACGCAAAGGCGGGUGCGGAGUCGGGACUACAAGACCCCCAUCAGCAGCAAGGUGUUUUCAGGUUGGGAUUUCUGCGUGCGAGGGUCAGGGACAUCUAUCCUGAAGCAACAGAGCCUCAGCAAUGACCUCAAGUCUGACCUGGCAGAGAAACGCUGGUAUUGGGAGAUCGCUGAGCAGUCUCUGGGUAAAAGGGUGCGUGUUAUUAUCCUUAGUGUAAUUCUGAACUGCAUUAUCCUGGCAUUGAUUGGUGGAAGCUUCUAUUCCAUUUACCUGGCGACUGGCAUAUCACAAGAUUAUCAAGAGAGACCAGCAGGGCCAGCCCUCAGCUUGGUGAUACAGUAUCUUGUCCCUAUUGUCAUCUCCCUGGUCCUACUGAUCCUGCCACAUCUUUUCAUGCUUCUUGUGAGAUUUGAGGGUAUGUCGCCUAGAGCGGAGAUAACCCUAACUUUGAUCAGGUGUGUGUUCCUCAGGCUUGGUGUCUUGGUGAUUUUCUUCUUUUCUCUGGGAAGGAAGAUUCUGUGUUUGGGGGGUUCCAGUGCACCUUGUGAGACCUGCGGCUACAAUUUACAUUUUCAGUGCUGGGAAACAUCAGUGGGACAAGAGUUCUACAAGUUGUCCAUGUUCCACUUUCUUCAACUGCUAAUGGUGUUCUUAUUCCUGCAACUGCCCCGCAGAAUCCUGGUUUCCAGGUCCCAGUGGCGUGUGGUUCGCUGGCUUGGCAAGGAACAGUUCCAACUUUCCCAGAAUGUGCUGGACACCGUGUAUGGUCAGACCUUGGUGUGGGGUGGGAUGUUCUAUGCCCCCCUCCUGCCUCUCUUCAACCUCAUCUUCAUUUUCAUCACUUUCUAUAUUAGAAAGUUUUCCCUGUAUCAGCUGUGUGAUGUCUCCCAGAAAUUAUUUCGCGAAUCAACUUUGAGGAUCUUGUUUCACUUUGUCCUGCUGCUGGGUCUGAUGACAGUCUUUUUCCCUGUGAUAUAUCUAGUGACAAGUGUUCGCCCAUCUCAUUCCUGUGGCGUAUUUACUGACUACAACACUCCGUGGGAGGCUCUACAGAACAGUACUCGCUCAGCAGUGCCCCCUGUAGUACUGACAGUCCUUGGUUACAUGACAUCAGAUACCAGUGCUUAUUGCCUACUCAUUGCCCUUUGUCUCAUGCUCACUUCCUUUGUCUGCCGAGUCCGACAGAAUGAACAAGAUGUGGAGAGGCUGAAAGACUUCUUGUCAAAUCAAAUAGAAGAUAAAAAAUUUCUGGUACAAAGGCUGAGAGAGGAACAGGACCGUCAGAAGCAUAAUGCAAAGCAUCAGCUAGAAGCUGACUACUGUGAUUAACUGGAAAUCGUGUGAAAGCCUCCAACCUGUUACUACAGAAAUUCAUGGAGUCUGUGGUUGAGUCAGCAGCAGAAAAGUCAUCACUUUGCUGCUAAUUGAUAUGGACAACUUCCCAGGGCAUUAAUGGAAAUGUCUGGACCUCAUUGCAAAAUUGUAAUUGGGCUUUCUAUGUACCAACACAAAGUCAUACCCACCACGGUGUGUGCUCCAUUUCUUGUUAGUAUCUAAUAGAGCAGAGAACUAAUUGCAAUAGUCUGGCACAUGAGUCUGAAUUAUAGAUACAUGAGUCUCAUUACUUUUCAAAUCACAUGACUGGAUAAAUUUCAUCUGAACUUAUAUUGUAAGUCUGUAUUUAAGAACUAAUUCUUUCUUUGGGACAGGGCCCCUGUGCUUCCGGGCCCCAUAGCAGUGGUAGGGACACUAUGUUAUAGUUACAGCUUUUCCAUCCUCCAUGAAGAGACUCCAUUUUAUUGUUAGUUAUUGUUCUUUACCCUAUAAUAAGACUAAUAAGAAUAUUAACAGCAAAGAUGUAACUCCAGUUGAUGGCACCCAUGGCAAACCAAAAAAAUAUUUUUAUUUCUUUAUGGUAUAAUAUAUAUAUAUAUAUAUAUAUAUAUAUAUAUCGAA